AUGGUCGAGCGAACAACGGCAGAGGCGGAACGCAUCGCCUAUCGAACCCACGCCGCAGAAACGGUGCAGGAAUUUAUCCGAGCCCGAGAAAGUAGUUGCCUCACGGAGCAGCGGCGCCGGAGAAAGUACCUUGAGACUGUCCAGCUUCAGGCCAUUGUGCGGGAAGAGCUUAGACGCGAGGCGGCCGCCACGAGUCUUCAACGCGCCAUCCGGCGGCACUGGCGUCGACAGGCCGAACAAAAGGCCCAACAGGAAGCUGCUCGUGCGCGGGCGUGGGUGCUGCGAGUCGUCGUACAACUCCAGUCGUGGUGGAGAGUCUGCUUGGCUAAGCGGGAAAGCGCGUGCCGUCGUGCGCAGGUCGCUUGGCUCACCCGAAAACGUCUAGAACUCGAGGAUGUUCGUGUCCUUAUGGAGGAGGAGCUAAUGGAAAAAGGCGCACAACAUUUGUUCUACUAUCACGAAAGUGGGCGCACGCGUGACUCGCCCAUCGCUCCUCACCAAAAUGGGGUUAAAGAAGAAACGGAAGAAAUUAAUGCUAUGCUCGAUGAUUCUUGGGCUAAAAUUUACGAGGAUGAGGAGAUCCAAUCAUAG